AUGUACUACCCAGAGGCCAGCGGAAACCAGCAGAGUCCCAUUGAUCUCAUCUCCAACGACGCCAGGUAUGACCCGUCGCUGGCAGAGCGGCCGCUCAAGUUCAGCUACUGCAUCUCGCGGGAGACUGAGCUCCUGAAUAAUGGCUACACCUUAGUUGUCUUUCCCAGGCCGAAGCAAGUAUUAUCCGGGGGACCGUUGCUGGAAGACACGGAGUACGAGCUCUCGGAGAUCAGGUUCCACUGGGGAAAAGAUUCCGACAGGGGAUCUGAACAUCUAGUCAACCACAAGUCAUUUCCUAUGGAGAUCCAGUUUGUCCACUGGAACUCGCACAUCUACAACAGUAUUGAAGAGGCGGUGGGCAGCAGACACGGGAUUGCCAUUGUUGCCAUGUUUGGUCAGGUUGGCCGAGAACACAUGGGUUUGAAAAGCAUCACAGACACUUUAGAAGAUGUGUUAUAUAAAGGACGACACAAAACGCUCACUGGGCCAUUCAAUCCAUCAACUUUUUUGCCAGAUCCAGCGCUGUGGGAUUUCUGGACCUACGAUGGUUCCUUGACGACACCGCCCUGCUCAGAGAACGUCACCUGGAUCGUUCUGAGAUAUCCGCUGAUGAUGUCUGCUGCACAGGUG